AUCAAUCACAAAGCGCCAAAUCGCGCGUACUAUACGAUGAAGAGACCGCGUUCCGACCGAAAAGCGGCGCACAAAGUCCAAAAGCGCCAAAAGCUCGAUCCAGCUUCGCCAGCGCCUCCCUCCAACGCGAAACGGCGAAAAGUACGAAUCGGCGAUCUACCAUGGAAAGGAGUGCCAAUGCCAGAUCGGCUGGAGGAUUUCGAGGGCUUCUAUGGCCUGGAGGAGAUUGAAGAUGUUGAAGUCGUGAGGGAUUCGGCUACUGGGCAGAUAUCGUUCGAGACUACGAAAUCAGAGGCAGAGGUCGCGCGGGAGAAGGAGGAGGCUAAGGGCGCAGAGGCGGAGGCGUUGCGUGAACUAGAAGAGGCAUUGCGCGAGGAUCAAGAUGCAGAGGACGGCGAGGGGUCUUGGGAAGGCUUCAGCGAGGAAGAAGAAGCGCAGGAUGGAAAGACGCAAGGGAAGGGAGCACAACCGCGUUCAGACGGACGUCUAGUUUCGAAUGGCGACGUCGAAGACCUAGAACACGCCCAGGAACGGGAAGCUGUGGAAGCAGUGAGCAAUAAGAAAGGCAAAGCGGAUAAGGCAAAGCCUGAGGUUGCUCCGACAUCAAAGCAAUCCAAGAACACGAAGGAGAAACCCCAGGAGAAGUCGAGCAAUGCGGAUAUAUCCGAAAAUAAUGCCUUCGACAUACUGGCGGAUCUCCCGUCCGACGAUGAUGAGGCAGAUGUGUCAGCUUGGAACGAGCUAGGUCUUUCCACUGAAACUCUGGACUCGCUAUCGAAGCUGAAGUUCGCGCGGCCGACGCCCAUUCAGUCUUCGGCAAUACCCGAAAUCAUGGCCGGGCGAGAUGUGAUUGGGAAAGCCUCCACAGGCUCCGGGAAGACACUCGCUUUUGGCAUACCGAUCCUGGAGUCGUACCUCGCCUCGCGAAGGAACACGGAAGACAGAUCACCCCUUGCUCUAAUCAUAUCACCGACCCGAGAACUUGCCCAUCAGCUGUUGGCGCAUCUGAAUGCUCUAUGCUCGGGCUGUGACGUCGAUACGCCGUUCAUUGCGACAAUCACCGGCGGGCUUUCCGUGCAAAAGCAGCGUCGACUGUUGGAGAAAGCGGACAUCGUUGUUGGCACCCCGGGAAGACUAUGGGAGGUCAUCAGCAGCGGUCAGGGUCUGGUGGUCUCCUUCAAGAAGAUUCGGUUUCUGGUUGUCGAUGAGGCUGAUCGACUUCUGAGCCAGGGCCACUACAAGGAGUUAGGGGAAAUUCUCAACGUUCUGGAUCGCGAUGAUCAGGUUGAAGAGGGCGCCGAACCUACUCCCGCACCCGAAACGCAACGGCAGACCCUGGUAUUCUCCGCAACAUUCCACAAGGGCUUACAACAGAAGCUUGCAGGGAAAGGACCCAAGGGCGGCGAUCUCAUGAACAAACAAGAAUCGAUGGAGUAUCUUCUGAAGAAGCUGCGGUUCAAGGACGAAAAGCCAAAGUUCAUUGACGCGAACCCUACUUCGCAGAUGGCAACAGGGCUUAGGGAAGGGUUGAUCGAGUGCGCCGGCACGGAGAAGGACCUCUAUCUUUAUGCGCUGCUCCUGUUCCACCCCAAGAAGCGUUCGCUCAUCUUCACAAAUUCCGUCGCCGCAGUUCGCCGCUUGACUCCAUUUCUCCAGAAUCUGGACCUCCCAGCUCUGUCACUACAUUCCGGAAUGCCGCAGAAGGCGCGCCUCAGGUCCGUCGAGCGCUUCACGGAACGGCCUGGCUCUAUACUCGUCGCCACCGACGUCGCUGCCCGAGGCUUGGACAUUCCGGGGGUGGAGCUAAUUAUUCACUAUCAUCUUCCCCGCGCGGCAGAUACUUACGUGCAUCGGUCCGGCCGUACUGCGCGUGCUGAAUCUUCUGGUUCCAGCAUCCUCAUCUGUGCUCCCGAGGAAGUGGCCGGUGUAAGGAGAUUGGUAGCGAAAGUGCAUGCAAGAGCGGAGCAAGCUACGAAGUCAAAGAAAACCGCUUACUUUAUCCGGACACUGGAUAUUGAUAGGCGUAUUGUGUCUCGCCUGAAGCCGAGAGCGACGCUGUCGAAAAAGCUUGCAGAUGCGGUAAGUGCCAAGGAGAAGAAUCACAGCGAGAACGACUGGAUGCGUGCUGCUGCCGAGGAACUGGGUGUCGACUACGAUAGCGAGACUUUUGAGAACGAGGCCAAGGGACGCAGGGGCCGCGGGAGCGGGAGAAAGAAGAAGGAGAAGGAGGCAAGAGAAAUGACUAAGGGGGAGAUGCAGGCUUUAAGAGCGGAGCUGAAGGGUCUCCUGGCCCAGAGGGUGAAUGUUGGAGUCAGCGAGCGGUAUCUAACGAGCGGCGGGAUCGAUGUCGAUGCUCUCAUGAACGGUGAGGGGAAUGUCGAGUUCUUGGGGAAUAUGGGCGCGCUUGGUUUCGAUGAAGAUGCUUAACUGUUUGAAAGCAGCCCAAAAAUUUGAAUAAAUCCACGUCAACCAUACAUAAGAUCGGUCUUGUAUUUGUCUCCACGAUUCGGAACGAGCGCUUCGCAACUCCUGCACCGUCACAGUCGGAACCGCUCCUCGCAACAAAGCGUUCUAUCUGCCUUCCGCAGCAAUUUGACAAUCCCCAGAGGCAAUGAGCUAUCACCUACUUGUAAAGCGCGGACUUCGUGUGCUGGUUCUCGCAUCUCGAGAGAUGACGAAGCAAUUGUCAAGUUUCGCCAACCAUGUCUCAACGUCAAGCCUGACUUCGUAACCUCUACCAACCUGAACAAGAUCAGACGACUCGAAACGACACACCCGUUCAAGGAAGAGCGGCUUGGGAUCUGGCUUCCCGAAGGCCUUCAUAGCAUAUCGGAUUUUCGGACAGUAUGGAGCCAAUUCGGCUUGUUUAACCCUCUACGCGCAUAUUCCUUUGCUCUCU